AGUGUACAUAACCUCGCAAAUUUAGACAGCGACUAUUGCCUUAUGGGCGGCGAAGUUGAGCAAAUAUUGUCCCUGUUUUCUGAAUAGAUCACACGUCCUUAUGAUGCUUAUAUUGCUUUUUGUAAGGCCAAAAAUCAGUCAGUUCACGUCAACCUCAACCGGCUCAUGUCACUGAGUUCCCACAGCGUAUUCGGAUGAACUUUUUUUUUUUUUUUAUAAAUUUUACUUUUAUAUUAAAGUGGAUCCAUGUUCGGUUAAGCUUGCAAGUGCCUUGCACUGCGACGCAAAAUGCAGCUACACAUAGAGCGUCUAUGAGUAUUAUUAUAAAAAUAUAGAUAGGAAAAUGCGUUGUAAGAAAACCUAAAUGUGAGCGUCCUAAAAUCCUGCUUCAGCCGUUUGGAAGCGACAAUUUUAUGCAUUAAAGGCCGUGGAGACGCUUAAGCAUCGUUGGGCAAAAUGGGCAGUAAAAUUAACUAGGAAACGUAUUUAAUUCGGAGCCACAGAUAUAUAUGCCACGCGUUAUCCAUGCUUUUGAGUCUUCUAUUGAAAGCGAAAUAUAUUUAUCUCGCUCUCCAUUAUCAGGAUUGUUGUUGCUAUCUAACAAAAGCAGUUGACAAUACUUCAAGAUCUACAAUCGUGAUCUUGUGCGUAUAAUACCACUCGUAGCCGUGGCAUUAUAGAGCGGUUUCAUAGACUGUACUUGCCACUAGGUUGAAGCGCCUAGUACGGUGGAUGCACCGUAGCGACAAACAACAAGUACUAUCGUACGAUAGAUUUGUGGUAAAGAAGAAGUGAACCCGUCUCGAUGCUAUAUUUGAGUGCACAACACGGGUAGCAUGAGAUCGUUCCGCUCAGUAUCUCCUAACUAAGACGUUGCUUUAUAUAAUUAAACCGUUAGAUAUCGCAUUCAUAGAAUUUUACAUAUUAGGAUAAUAUUUUUUAAAGCACAUAGGAUUAUCUUUCCUAUUCGGCCGAGUUUCCUGCGACCAGCUUCGACAAUUUACUUUGUCCGCCUUAGCAAACUGAAUGGGAAGAGUUAGUUCGAAAUGCCGAAGUAGUGUGCCCUCUACAACCUGAACUAGGUUUAGAAUACCACUGGUUCGCCUACAUGUGUUGUGUUAUUUUUGUGUUGUUGGCCGGACUUAAGGCAGUGAUUUUCCACCGUGUGACGGAAUAACAGAGUUUCUAACGACGUUCAGAAUGCGAGUAUCAUCCAGUAUGUCGACUACUCAGAGGAGUCUUUAGAUAUCACCAUGAUUUGCUCUCAGGAUGCGAUUCCAAUCCGUAUCAUACGGGAUACCCACUUCACUUUAUGGCUAUUUGCAGCUUUUACUGUCCUCUUAAUGCUGGCGUAUUCGUCAAUCCAUUCUGGAGAUCAAAUUGUCUUCGUCAAUCAGGAACAGCCUGCAUUUUACAAUGCCCCGGGGAGUCUCAUCAAAACCUCGACUUGUCGAAUACCUGAUUUCGACCCAUAUGAUCCUCAAGUCUCCAGCAAAUUCCUCACGAAGGCAGUCGUACGGUGUCCUAAGUUACCACCACUCUUCAUUAGACCACAGGUUAAAGGAAUCUAUUCAGUUCCUUAUUUGGAUGAGACAAUCCUAUGGCGUCAUUAUAAACUGAAGAAACAGAACCUUCGUUGCACAUACCAGAUUGCGAUUAGAGAUGAGCGUUCUACGCCAGACUUCGGAUUUCAAUUGGUCAAUGAGACUACACUAAAAUUUGGUGAAUUUAUUGACGCUGAAUAUGUGUGGAUAGAGUGUUUCCGAUAUUCGCUCAAAACGAGAUUCUACUCCCAACCUUUAUUGCUAGCUAGAGCUAAAGGCGACAGCGUCUUUGACGAAUCGAGCGCUUCCAAUAGGCCAUACAACGUAAUUGUACUCGGUUACGACUCGGUCUCGAGACUUAACUUUCAUCGCGCUCUGACGCAAACAAAGAAAUUUCUGGAUAAUCGGCCUAACACUGUCAUUGAACUCCUCGGAUACAACAAAGUGGGCUUAAACUCUAGUCCCAAUCAGAUUCCCUUGUUAACGGGACAUCGUUUUAGGCCCCACGGUCUAUACGAAGAAGUCAAAAAAGGAUAUUUAGACAAUAUGACUCGCUACAUUUGGGACGACUUUAACGAUGCCGGCUAUUCAACAAUGUUCUUUGAAGAACAAUGGUCCUAUGGUAUAUUCGUAUGGCCUGAACUCAAGGGUUUCCGCACGCAGCCAGUCGACUAUUGGCCACGUCCAAUCAUGCAGAUGAUUGACGGCAGUAGCUUGAAGAUGAACCUAGGAAACGGCAUUUGUAUUGGCCCGAAGCCAGCUGCUUCAAUAUACCUCGAUUACGUCUUAGAUCUUUUACGAACAUCCCGUAAGCCGCUCUGGCUAUACCCGUGGCUCAGCGAACUUUCCCACAACGAUCUGACUGGAGCCAGCCGAGCCGAUAAGCCAUUUAUUGAGUUCUUCACAGCUAUGGAACGAGAAGGUUUUCUAAACAACUCAAUUAUUAUCUUCAUUUCCGAUCAUGGCUUUCGGUUCGGAAACUUCCGGAACACACCUCUUGGCCGCUAUGAGGAUCAGCUUCCUUUUGGUUAUUUGAUGCUGCCUCCAAGUUUUAUCGAAGAACGUCCCGAAGCCGUUGAAAAUCUCCGUGUCAAUUCUCACCGCCUCGUGACAGUAUAUGAUAUGCACGCUACAAUGCUAGAAUUGGCGACACUCGACCAGGGACCCGUUACGCGUACAGAGCGGGGUUAUAGUCUGUUCUCUGAAAUAGUGCCUUAUAAUAGAACGUGUGCAGAGGCAGGAAUCGACUUCGAGUACUGUUCUUGCUACGAUGUUGCGAAUCAACGUGUAGAUCCUGCCCUGUCUGUUCAAUUGGGUCAAACAAUCGUUGAUGAGAUUAACAACGAACUUAAACGCAAUAAGGCUAUUAAAUGCGUCGAGUGGAAGCUUGGCACGGUAAAUCAGGCGUUGCCUCUGACGGAGGGUUCGCGAAUUUUGAACAUAUACAGGGUAUCUAUCAAUACGAUUCCUCCGGGCAGAUUUGAAGCAACUAUUGCCAUUGAGCCGAAAGCAAAAAACGGGCUUAAGCUGAUAUCCGGUGUUGAUCGUACGGACUGGUUCAGCGAGCACGCGCGCUGCGCGAUGCCCUCGUCCUAUGAGCGUUUUUGCUACUGCCUGUGACACAGUGCAACAACGCAACCCUCAGUCAAAUAAGUAGCUAAAUCAGGUGCAAAGACACCGUUCUGCUCAUCGGCCUGAACUCUAGAUUUAUAUAAUGCCUUUACCUUUACAAGCCUAUAUCUGUUUAGGCGACCAGGGCACAUAUGAGGAUAAGGAUCGAAUACAUAUACCUACGUAACUCAAAGUUGUAAUUAUUUUUGCCUUCUACCUAGGUAAGCGGUGUGAGGAAAACGCUUGCUAUGAGGACAAAAAUAUCUUUACAGAUUCAUUAUGUGUAGGAUUUACUAUCGUCUUUCUUCACAAUAUCGUUUUUUUGUUUCCACGCAAGUCAGACAAAUAAGUAUAUUUUCGUCGUGUUUGACCUCGGUUUUGCGAGAUAUGCGUACAGCGUACGUUGAUGUACAGUUAAAGUUUGGUUGAAAAUCCACAACAGAAAAGGGCUGAAUGAAUAGUAACAAUUACAUUCACGGCAAAACAGGAUUCAUUGAGGUACCAAGAACGUGUAAUGCCAUAGCAUUGACUUCGUGAUAAUUGUAGCUCAACACUUUAUUGUUAUCGCACCAAGGUCGCAAGCUUUGCCGAAAAAAUGUCCAACUUCGGAUUUGUUUGCACAGUAUCUCAGUUACCUUAUGUGAUGAUCAUGUCUCAUUAAAAAUACAACACGCAAUCUGCACAGUAAUAUAUCGAUACGAGUUAGAGUAUUAGAAAAACAAAUAUGUUUAUUUUGUGCCAUGUUUGUUAGUGAAGUGCAAAAAUGACUAUCCUUUGUAAAAAUAGUCUACACAUAAUAAAUUGGAGCUCAUAAGAAAAAAAGAACAAAUGCUAAAGCACAGAAUGUGAUGUGGUUUACAGAAAUGUAUCUAGAAUGUAAAUAAAAACUGGUGUUUAUAAAACAAAUUUAACCUCUAUCUGUCAAUUAUAGGAGACUAAUGUAUCGCAUAGAUAGAACUAAAUAG